AUGGCGCGCCAAUUCCAUUUGUGCUUCUUCCUGACAGCGGCCCUCCAAAUAUUACUGACGGAUGCUGCAGCGCACCUCGGCACCCUAGCGACACUCCUCAACCACGAAGCUGACAAUUUAAAAGCCAUGGCAGUGACCCUGAAAGCGCAGGAGGAGGACGGCGGUCCUGACUAUCGGGACGAGAUGGAGGAACUCGCUGCCGUACAGGCUGUUGGCGUGGGCACAAGUAUGCUGAAAAUGGCUCUCGGGUCGGAGCAGAAGCGGCUCGGUGGCCGAACUGGGUCCCUGGCUGAGUCGAACGGACCUUCCCGGUUCAACUUAAAGGUGCUGACCUGCUGCAGGUCUCUGACAUCGGCACAGCAGGCGAGCGAAGCCAGUAUCGAGAUGACGCCCUACGUGCUUCUUGGAGCGGACGGCGCGGCAAGUGAGGAUGAAACUUUGGCUGAAAGCUAUGACAGAUCUGGCAAGUGUGCAGAUGCUCAGACAGGUUCGUCUUGCCGAGAAGCUCGAAGCCAGAGGCACUGGCCUCACACUCAGCCCCUAAAGGAGGCUCAUUUGCAUGAAGCCGUGAGGCCUGUUCCCAAAGGAUGGAGCAAGGCAAAGGCGUCAAUCCUUCAGCAGGAAAUGCAGGAAUUAGAGCUCCUGUCCGAGUUUGAAGCCCAGAGUUGGGUGUCAUAUGGCCUGUGGUUGCGAACGAUUGCAAGAUCUGUGGCCGACCUGGCUCAAGCAAGCAUUGCUCUCGAGCGAAUGUUCGACCUGUCACAUCUCGCUGGCAAGACUUCUGGCAAGCCCGGUCCCACUGCUCUGCAGUCGCCCGGCUGUGAACGGGAGAACUUCUCUGAAAGUAAAGCUGCAGGCAUCAUCGCCAAGCGCACCGGCCUCAGUGCCUAUCACCGUCAGUUUUCGUUGUCCUUGAGCUUAUUGUACACGAUAUCGCGUGCGCCUAGGAGUUGGUGUGAGGCCGCGGGUGUCGAGGCGUUGGCAGCCGUCGAGAGUGGCUGCUGCCUGCUCGCUGAGUCCCCGGUUGCUGUGCUGCAGCUUCAAAACAGCAAGACGGAACUGCCUGCUUGCCAGCAGUGCCUGUGCCCUUUGAGCACCACAAUGUGUGCAGUCGUCUGCCAGUGUGGAGAUCAGUUUUGCAGCACUGCGUGCUACGAGAUGGCCAAGCAGCAGGGCCAUGAAAGACUUUGCCCGGCACUGCUGGGAUCGCAAGAAGCGUCGGCAAUGGAGUCUUUGAUUCACUUGCUCAGAGAUCUGCCCAAUGUCGGGGAGGCUUUUCGCCUCGCGGUGAAAUUGCUCGCUAGAGCAAUCACAGAUCUACAGCUAUUGGAACUCUCCUCCGGUUUGGCUGGAGCACCCUGGUGGGAGACUGCUGGCAUAAGCGACCAUUUAAUUCAAGAAGCUCGGGAUGUCACCCAAGUUGCCUUUACAUUGCUCCAAGCCGUCCUGACUGACUUGCCCGCUGAAUUUACAGCAGACGAUUUGGGUUUCCUUGUUGGUCGGCUUCGGAUGCGGCUGGUUUUGAAUUGGAAUGCAGUCGAGGUGCUUGUGCCAGUGGAGGACCAGCUGCUAGCGCCAGAUUUGUGUGGAGCAGCUGCGGUGGAGGGGCUGGCCUUGUAUUUCGUGGCUUCUGCCGUGAACCACAGCUGCCAUCCUAAUUGUGCGUUGCAGUCAUGCUUUGCAAGCCCUGGUCUGCGGGGUUGGGCGGUCUUGCAAGCUUUAAGACCCAUCGACGAAGGGGAGGAGGUCACAAUUGCCUACCUGGAAGACGGACCGGAGACAUGUGAGCGCUUGUUCGAACAGUGGCGGUUUCACUGCAGCUGCGACUACUGCGCAUCUCGAGCAGAAGGGAAAAUCGGCCAUGUGGGGCGCAGCUUGUGUGAUUUGUUUGCCCGCAUGCUCAGAAGAUCUCAGAAGAAAGAACCGGGACGAAUUACAGAUGUCACAGCGACAGCCCGAACACAAGCAGUGGACAUCAGUGGAAUAGCACGAAAAAGCAGACACGCUGCGACCACAGCUCGACGAGACGGAGGAGAAAGAGCAAGGCGGAAACGUCACAGGCCGCAGGCAGCAGAGUCCUUGUAA